GCGACUCACUCCCCCCUCCCCCAUCCAUCCAUCCGCGAGUCCCUCCCACCCGCGGCGACUCACUCCCUCCCUCUCUCCUCCUCCUCCAUCCGCGGGCAACAUGGCGUCGUGUAGUCGUGGUGAUCCGUUGCCUAGAGUGCAGUGUCCAAACCAUCCAGAUGCCAUACUGGUUGAAGAUUACCGUGCUGGGGAUAUGAUCUGCCCUGAAUGUGGACUGGUUGUAGGUGAUCGAGUUAUAGAUGUUGGCUCAGAGUGGCGAACAUUUAGCAAUGACAAAGCAACAAAAGACCCAUCUCGUGUCGGUGAUGCCCAGAAUCCACUGCUAAAUGGUGGUGAUUUGUCAACUAUGAUCGGAAAGGGUACUGGAUCAGCGAGCUUUGACGAGUUUGGGAAUGCAAAAUACCAAAAUCGCCGGACGAUGAGUAGUUCUGAUCGAGCAAUGAUGAAUGCAUUUAAGGAAAUCAGCAAUAUGUCUGACAGGAUCAAUCUGCCCAGAAAUAUAGUUGAUCGGACAAAUAAUUUAUUUAAGCAGGUAUAUGAACAAAAGAGUCUAAAGGGAAGAAGCAAUGAUGCCAUUGCAUCUGCCUGUUUGUAUAUUGCCUGUAGACAAGAAGGUGUGCCACGAACAUUCAAAGAAAUUUGCGCAGUGUCCAGAAUCCCGAAGAAGGAAAUAGGCCGCUGCUUCAAGCUGAUUCUGAAAGCUUUGGAAACCAGCGUGGACCUCAUCACCACAGGAGACUUUAUGUCCCGGUUCUGUUCAAACUUGGGAUUGCCUAAACAGGUUCAAAUGGCAGCCACGCACAUCGCAAGGAAGGCCGUGGAACUGGAUUUGGUGCCUGGUAGAAGCCCAAUCUCUGUGGCUGCAGCAGCAAUUUAUAUGGCAUCGCAAGCCUCCGCAGAUAAACGGACUCAGAAAGAAAUUGGAGACAUUGCCGGUGUGGCUGACGUCACCAUCCGGCAGUCCUACAGGCUCAUCUAUCCACGUGCCGCUGACCUUUUUCCUGCUGAAUUUAAAUUUGACACUCCAGUGGACAAGCUGCCCCAGUUGUAAUCUCAGCCAGUCAGCACAAAAUGUACACAGUAAUUGUUUUAAAAUUCGAAAACCAAUCAUCAUUUCCCCCCUACAUUUGAAACAAGUUAAUAUUAAUUCUAAUUUUUGAAACCUGCUUGGGUGAAUAACUCAAGAACCAAUGAGGCUAUGGAACAGCUGAGGUUUAUGCUCUCCAAAUACAGCACAUACAUUCCCAGGCUGAAUUUCAAGACCGUUUGUACUUGCUAGAUAAUUUGUAUAUUUGCAAGUUAGGAAUUUCUACUUCAUAGAUCAUUACUUUGUAUAUAAUGUGCAAAAUGAGGAUUUUGUGCUGUCAACAGCUACUAACAGAUUGGCUCAUUGGCAGAAAUCUUUGGUCGAACUCCUAACUUGUAAUUUGUCAUACCUAUAUUCAGGUCGGUUUGAUCCGUGUCUUCAAUAAAUGGACAUUUUCCUUUUGUUUUUAAUCUACAUGGACUUCUUGAACUUUACAUUUGGUAUUUAUUGUUAACGAUUGGUUGCUAAGCUUAAAAAAGAAAAAAAGAUUGCACUUAACAUCAGCUUAGUUUCAAGUUUUGGGAAAAAACCUGUAGACUGUUUAGUUUAACCUAUGUAUUGAACUGCAUUUGAUUUCUGUUUUGUUGCGAGAUUCUAACUGCAAGGAAACUUGCACUGAAGUAAGUGUGCAGUAUUUGUGUCCAUGAGAUCAUAAAUCGAUUAUUUUUGAAGGGGA